AUGGAAUCCAGACCAGAUCUUGAGUCCCAAAAACCAACCCCGCAGGUGGAUUCUCCUCAAGAAUCGGAAUCAGAAGAUGACCUGGCCCUAAAACCCCAGCCCUCAAACGCCCAUGGCAUACCAACAUGGCGCAAAUGCCUGAUCCUGUUUGUCGUCAGCUGGAUGACUCUAGCCGUCACAUUCUCUAGUACUUCACUAUUGCCCGCAACCCCGGAGAUUGCUACCGAGUUUUCAACUACAUCGGAGAUUCUCAAUGUCACCAAUGCCGGCGUUCUAGUUGCUAUGGGUUUUUCGUCUUUUAUUUGGGGUCCUAUCACUAAGCUAUUCGGCCGUCGCAAUGCAUAUAAUGCAGCUAUCCUUGUGCUUUGCGCAUGCUCAGCCGGUACCGCCGCGGCCAUCAAUUUGCACAUGUUUAUCGCAAUGCGCAUUUUGGGGGGUUUUACCGGUACCUUCUUCAUGGUUGCUGGGCAGACUAUUCUUGCAGAUAUCUUUGAACCGACUGUGCGUGGAACGGCUGUCGGCUGCUUCAUGGUUGGGUCUGUCAGUGGGCCUGCAAUUGGACCCUGUAUCGGCGGUAUCAUCGUCACAUUUGCUCAGUGGCGCAUUAUCUACUGGUUGCAGUUCGCAAUGACUUUACUCGGUCUCAUCUUGUCUCUUCUUUUCGUGCCGAGUAUCCAAGAAAAGAACCGGAGCUCUAGCAAACCGAAGUUUUGCACUGUUAUAAGCAUGUUCAAUCCUCUACACAUCUUUCGUCAAUUCAUAUACCCCAAUGUCUUUCUUGCAUGCCUCACAUGUGGCCUUCUUUCUACAUUCCAAUACUCAAUUCUCACAUCAGCCCGCUCAAUUUUCAAUCCACGUUUCAACCUGACGACUCCUCUCGUCAGCGGCCUAUUCUACCUCUCCCCAGGAAUAGGCUUUCUAGUCGGUAGCGUCAUUGGCGGCAGGUUGUCCGACCACGCCGUGAAGAAAUGGAUUCUCAAACGAAACGGGGAACGCCUCCCUCAGGAUCGACUGAACAGUGGUCUGGUCACCCUUUUCGGGGUCCUCCCAGGUGCAACAUUAAUCUACGGCUGGACUUUACAGGAAGAAGUUGGUGGUAUGGUUGUGCCAAUUAUCGCCGCUUUCUUUGCGGGCGUAGGGCUUCUGGGUACUUUCAAUGGACUGAAUACUUAUGCGGCCGAGGUUAUGCCGCAUGUUCGUUCGGAGGUGAUCAGCUCAAAAUACGUGGUGCAGUAUAUCUUUGCUGCUGCAGCAUCGGCGGCUGUUGAGCCGGUAAUUGGUGCUAUCGGAGUAGGAUGGACAUUUACAAUCUGUGUAUUCUUUGCUCUAAUAAGUGGGUUCCUUGUGCUUGCUAUCACGAAAUGGGGCAUUGAUAUGCAGCGAUGGUCUGAAAGGAAGUACGGCCUCGAUGUGAAGACUUGA